UCAGUGCUUUGGAGGAACCAUCUCCUCCUCCCACAUCCUCCCACAGUGGAUGCAGGACAGUGGUCCUGAGCUCUGACUCCUGCCGGCAGACACAAGUGGCCGCGAUCAUCGCGAGGACAGUCAGAAAUUACCAUCUGGGAUCACAAUUCUUUCCUUGUUUUUUUUUUUUUUUUUGUUUUUUUUUUCUUCUUCUUCUUCUUCUGGCUUUCUCUCCCCCCCCUCCCCUCCCCUCCCCACACCACCUCCAAAUCCUUCGCUAAUUCCCCCUGAUUCAUGACAGCAUGACGGAGCUCGGACUUGCACAUUUGGGAUGAUUUUAACAAUGGUUCGAUUCAAAUGUACAUUUCCACGGAGCUGCAGCUGAGGUUUCAUCUAAAGUCCGACUGGAUUCUCACAGCGUGAUGGAUACAAAUGAGUUCGCAGUACUGAAACUUUUUGUUGUUGGGAUUUUGGUCAAUGCCUGGAUGAUGAGAGGGUUGUCAGCCGCUGACAGUUUCAACAUAGAGCCCACUCCUCCCCGGCCGAGGAAACCCUGCAAUGAGUCCCGUCUGAAGUGGGAGGUGGAGGUCUGUGGAGAGGAAUUCAAGCGGGACAUGGGUCACAUAGAUCCACACUACUGGUGUAACCUCACACACUUCAUCAGUGAGUACCACCUCUUCACCGUCUGCACAGAGACAAAGUCCCAGAUGGUCAGCUGCUACUGGCCCAAUCCGCUGGUGGAGAGCUACAUUAUCCGCAUACACAAGCACUUUUUCUCCAACUGCACCAUGGACCAGGUGGUAUGGGUGGACCCGCCGGAUGACACGCUAACCCUCCUCAUCCUCAUCCCUGUUUUCCUCACACUGGCCAUGAUCGCCCUGGUGGUCUGGUGCAGCAAGAGGAGUGAUAACCUGGCUUAGGAGGAGGGGAAGACGGAAGAGGAUGGAGAAGAGCGGAUGAAGGAGGGAGUUCAAGAUCUCAACCUCUCCACUAAAACUAUACUGUACAAAGGAGUGCACAGAGGUUUUGGUUGGUUGGUCAAAUUACCCUAUAAGUGGCGCCGCAAACCACCUUAACCUUCUGUGGAAAUGAGGAAAGUAGUGCCUGGUAGUACAAAGUAUCAUUUUCUUUCAUAUUUUAAUAUGUUAUGUGAUUUUUCACAGUUCUGACAUUGACUCAACAUGUUCAACUGUUCAACUUCACAGUUGCAUUUUUGGGAAAUACUUAUUUUUCUUGCACUGAAAAUAUGUAGCCGGAGCCAACAGCUGGUUAUCUUAGCUUAGCAUAAAUAAUGGAAACAGGGGGAACAUGAUGUGAAAAAUCACAAUGUGUCACUUUUACACUUUGGUUUUUAGUAAGGAUUAAACAAACAAGAUAAAACAUGUCAGUUGGUGAGCUUUACAGGUGCUAGUACUGUAGGUCGAUUUUGUUACCUUUGGACAGAGCCAUACUAGCUGUUUCCCGUUGUUUCCAGCCUUAAGCUAAGCUAUACUAACCAGCUGCUGACUGUAGCUUCUUAUUUAGUGUACGUGCAUGAGAGUGGUAUCAAUGAUCUCAUUUAACUUCCGACAAGACAGCGAAUAAGCAUAUUUCCCAAAAUGUCUAUUCCUUCAAGACACAGAGGACUGUGGUCAUUCGACAUCAGUUAUUGGGUAAAUUGACCAGAGGGAGAAUUAACUAAAUCUUGGUGCAUUCUUUUUUUAAAAGAAGCCAAAUCUAGACUUAAUAUUGAUUCUGCAAGUUUGAUCUUACUGUUGAGUUACUGAAUGGACUGUCACCACUGGAACGGAUACACUGGUGUGCAACCCAAAGACCAGGCAACACUAUGAUUCAUUUUGGGACUUAAAUUUCUUGUGUGAAUACCUGAGCCUCAUGGGACUGUUUUAUAACUGUGUAACUUAUCAGAUACUGUUCUAUAAAUUACUGUUAAUACUCACAAAGAGGGGGUUCUCAAUGGAAACAAAGAACUAUGAACUGACAUUGAGACCUCGUACUGUACAGUCAUGCUCUCUGUUUGUGCUGUCUACUGUUUCUGCAUUGCCUCUCCAGCGUUACCCAGACAAGUGAGAAAUACACACUGAUGCUUUAAAGUCAAUUUCUUUGGGGAAAGGCUUUGUUUUAUUGUACGCACUUCAUUGGUUCUCUGAACAGCAGUCCUCAACAGCCACAAGGCAAACUGAACCAAGCACUGCUUGUCAGCUCUCACCUGUACACUUUUGUCUAUGGAACUGAUUAAAUCUCUCUUAAAAUAAGUGGUUGCUCGCCUUCAUUGCAUGCACAAAGCAAGUACACAGAAAACAGGCCUUUUGUUUACUCAAUUUUUUGCGAUGCAAUGUGUCUAAGCCUAUAUCUGUGAGUGUUUCUGCGAGGCAGCUGCUGUCUGUUGACUUCUGUUUGAUUCAGCCAAAAAAGUGUAUCUCUUGAUUUGAUUUAAAAAAAACAAAAAAAAAAAACCUUGCCUAACACUUAACACAUAAACCUCUUAGAUGCCAGCAACAAACUAUAAAAGUAUAUGUCAGAUUGCUAGAAAACUCCCAAAAUGAUUUAUUUGGGUACUCUCUGCAUCAUAAAAUAACACAAUAUUUAAGAAUUAAAUUACUAUGACAUUAACUUAUUUCUACAAUAUUUGUAAACCAACAAUGCCACCUGGCUUUACUACCCUUCUUACAUUUGGUCAGAUUUGACCAUUAUGACACAAAGAUUCAAACGGAACACUGCAGUAAAGAGAUUCUGCCAGUAGAGGAAGUAACCUGCCUCGCAUCUUAUCUGGUGUCAGUUAAAGAAUAAAGUACUGAUGUUAAAGU